AUGUCGGGACAAAAUUCACCUAAUCCUCCUUCACCACCAAAUUGCUUAGAUUGUGUUAAAUAUAGUUCCCGAAGUAGCCCUUCUCAUCACCGUCCAAUAUCUAGAACCGCCAACGACAAAAAGGCCAGAAAAUGCCCGCAUUGUGACAAGGUUUAUGUAUCAAUGCCAGCCUACAGUAUGCAUGUCAGAACCCACAACCAAGGAUGCGAGUGCGUGUACUGUGGCAAGAAGUUCAGUCGACCAUGGUUGUUGCAAGGGCAUAUCAGAACCCAUACUGGAGAAAAGCCGUUUUCGUGCCCGAAAUGUGGGAAGGCUUUUGCGGACAAGUCUAACCUUCGGGCCCACAUCCAGACACAUUCGACAGAGAAACCAUACAUUUGCGGAAGAUGCGGCAAAGCAUUCGCACUAAAGAGUUACCUGUAUAAGCACGAAGAAUCCUCUUGUAUGAGAGGACAAAGAUUUCGACAUUAG